UCAGCGACCAGGUAUUUCGCUUUGGCCAGAUUUCACAACACCUCCAAUAAAACGUGAAAUAAUUCCUCCCAUAAUCCAAUAAACGUAAUCAGGAGUCGUAACACAGUAAAUUACCAUCCAGGGAACAUUUAUAAAGACUUGGUACACCAUUUCAACCUAUAUUUGCCAACCAAACUGGUUGGGAAGGGGGAUCAAAUUUUGCUAGAUCAGCUGUUUCCAGCCAUCCAGGUGUUGUUGACAUUUCUAGUCCAUCCGUGUAUUGAACAUACGCUGAACUGUCUCUCUUGCCCUUGGUAUUUGAUUAUAACGCUCUCAGGUGCUGCGUUUUACUGUGAUAACCCUGCCUUUAUUCAUAAACAACGAAACUUCCGAUAAUAAAACCUCAAACAUGGAUUCUUUGUUGGUCGAACAUCCGGCGCCUGCCCACCCGGCUUGCCCGUGGGGCAAGGGAAUCACUCCAGCCCCCACGACGGGGACAUCACCCUGGGGUAUCUCUCCAUCAAACCUGCCGGUGUCGCUACAAGAUGUCAUGAGUGAAGAGCUUGCAAAGGAAAUACAACGUGAAGAGGAGGACAAGCGUGUUCAUGUUGAACUUCGUGAGGAGAUCGAGAUCGUCAACCCUGAAGCCGACUUGUCAGAAUUCCUGACCUCGGACGCACACGAAACAAGUGACGACCUUCUCCUGGCUCAGAUGUUGCAGCAUCAGUUUGAUAAAGAGCAUGACGAUAUGCUUAAGAUAGAGGAGGAGAAGUAUAACGGGAAAAGCAAAGUAUCCAUUUCAUUCUCCAACUACCGAACGAUUCAUCCAUACCACGAUGAUGAUGACGACAGUUCUGGCAGUGAUGAACCCAGUGAACGAAGCGAUAAAGAUCCAAUUUUCAAUUUUGGGAAGAGUGGCAUCCUGGGUAAAGGAAAGGACGCCGUGUCUAAACACGACGCUCAGAUUUGUGGACGGAGGAACGCCAGCAGAGUCAUGGAUUUCCCACCCGAGUUCUACUCAGGUGACAUCCGCGGAGAAGGCGUGGAACUUCCCAACAAAGUUUACAACCGGCUCAAGAGGCAUUCUCAAGCUGAGGAGAAACGUGCCGCUCGACUUCACGAGAAGAAGGAUAACUCGACUGCUGACCAAGCAGUUGAUCCAAGGACCCGGCUGAUCAUGUACAAACUUGUUAAUGCGGAUGUUCUCGAGGAUAUAAAUGGCGUCAUCUCAACUGGAAAGGAAGCGGUUGUCUUUCAUGCUAAUGGAGGAAGCGAUGACAACACAAUGAAUGUCAAAAUGCCAAGAGAGGUGGCGAUUAAGGUCUUCAAGACAACUUUGAACGAGUUCCACACACGUUCGAAAUAUGUGAACGGUGACUACCGGUUCUCAAAAGACGAGUUUAAGAAGCAGAAUCCGAGGAAGAUCAUUCGGCUGUGGGCUGAGAAGGAGACAGUUAAUUUGAGAAGACUGAAGCGUGCUGGUCUGAACUGUCCCGAGCCUCUCCUUUUAAAGAAGCACGUUCUGGUGAUGAGUUUCAUCGGUGAGAACCAGAAGGCAGCACCAAAACUGAAAAAUGUCGACUUUUCCACUGAAGACUGGGAGGACGCCUAUGAUCAGACAAAAGAGAUUUUGCUGAAACUCCACAACGAGUGUCACCUCGUCCACGCCGACUUCAGCGAGUACAACCUACUGUGGCAUCAUGGGAAGGUCUUCAUCAUCGACGUCAGUCAAGCAGUUGAUCUAAACCAUCCACACUCGCUUGAGUUUUUAUUGCGGGAUUGUCGCAAUGUUUCUGAGUUCUUCACUAAGAAGGGUGUCCACAACGUCCCAACAACAUAUGAGCUGUUCAACGAAGUGACUGGUCUAGAACUGCGGGGAGAGGAUGAUGAAUUCCUAAUGCAGGUCCAACAAUACGAGAACAGUGAAGAAUGGCUUUCGAAUGAUCGAGCAAGAAGGGAAUAUGCGUUUGAUUAUUUCUUCGAUAAAUCCACAAAGGAACGGAACGAUUUUAAAACGAAACAACAGGAAUGGGAUCCGGACUUUGUGGACAUUGACAAUAUUUAGUUUAAGAAGUUUUAGUGAGAGACUUGUUGGUUUUUCUGGAUGAGAAUUCAGUGAAUUAUUUUCAUUUGUUCUAUCCCGGGUUGGGAACCCUGUUGCUAAUGGUUGUUCUCUGACAAACAGAACAAAUGAAUUAAGAGUUUUGAAGUCUAAAUUAAAUGUGUACUUCGUAUAGAAAGUUACCAGGCAUUCAAUGAUGUGUAUCAGAAUCUUGUCAGGACAUCAUUUCUGUUGAUUGUAUUUCCAUAAUGUGAAUUUUACUGCAAGCAAACACUUCGUGUUUACAGUACGGUAUUGAUAAUUUAUGUUGUGCUACAAGAGGUGAUAACUUUGAAGGAGAUGGUGACCUAAAUAAAGCAAUAUGAUUGAUAA